AUGGCGCGUACGCAACGCAAGUCCACGACAACGCCACCCAAUGCAAGUCGAGUAUCACGACGACGCGCGCACGCAGCGCCUGAUCCUGAACAAGAUGACCAGGAUCUCAACACACAGCUUCACAAAAUGGGACUCUACGCCGCCGACACACGAGGUGAUGGCAAUUGUCUGUUUCGGUACGUGGACUUUGCAUGUGCACACAUGCAUGCUAAUGAAAGUGCUUUGUCUGAUCAGCUGUAUGGAGAUCCAAAAUAUCACGCACAAAUUCGGCAAGAAACGUGCGACCAACUGGAACAGCAUCCCGACCUGUAUGCAGGCUUCGUGGAGACUGGCAGUACUUAUGAACAGUAUGUGCGUCAGAUGCGAUUGCCUGGGACCUACGGAGGUCACUUGGAACUAUCGGCGUUUGCGCACCUGAAACAGAAACGAAUCCGGAUCGUCCAGCCCGGAUUUGUCUACGUCGUGGCAUGUGAUGACGACUCGUACUCGGCGCGCUCAUCACGCGCGCGUCGAGAGCGGCACCGCAGGCAUGUUCUGACAAGCGACACAAUCGAUACCCCAUCCGCCAAAAAGAAAAGUCACAUCGCCGAGCCUGAAUGUGUGGGACCAUUGCAUCUUGCCUAUCACAGCUGGGAGCACUACAGCUCGCUACGUUCUCUGCAAGGUCCACACAAGGGACACCCUUGUAUUCCCGACAGCAUGUCAGAGAGUCACGAACGCGAUGCAUUCAAGCCGGAUGCUGAAGCUGAGCGUCUCGUGUGCCUGAGUGUGCCCGGACAUUCACGACGCACAGUGCGCCGCCUCCUGCAGGAGCACAAUGGUGCUUGGGAAGAUGUUGUCGAGGAGCUGAUUCGCCGCGAUGCAGAUGGAGAGUCAGACACCUCCGCGCACUCAGAGUCGCAGACAAGCAGUGACGACGAAAAUGAGCGCAGACGCAAGCGUCCGCUGCGCACACAAGACCGUCGGCAUCAAACGAAUGGCAAAGAUACCCAAACCAACUCUUCCUCACCGCGGCACACUACUGGCAUUCGCGAACUAAUGAUAUAG